UGGAAAAACUCAUUAACCGCUUGAGCGGGCCGAAACAACUGGUGGAAGAAAAAAAUUAAUUUUGAUCUUCUCUGAUCACUUAUUUCCUGAACUCCAUCCAUGAGACCGUUGGCUGGGACAUUUACCACUUGCUCGUUCCUAUUGCAAUCCACAGUUGAAAGCAGAUACUCACACAUAUAAAAGUCAUGGGUUUUUUUUGGGCAUCCACUCCUAGUCCUGCAUUUGCCACUGAUGCAGCUGCCUCCGCUAUCUACAAUCAGUCACCACCUCCAGCAUGUCCUAUGCACAACAAAGACUUGCCAGUUGCUUGUCCAGUGAAGAAGACUGGUUUGUCGUCAGACGAUGAGAAGUUGAAUCCAUUGACCAAUAUGCCAUACGAUUUAUCCACAAAAAAACAACCAGGCCAAAAGAUCGAUCUGCCAACAGAAAGAACAUUAUCCACCAUUCCAAGGGGUGAGGACCAGGGCCAGGGCGUGUGGGAAUACCCUUCCCCUCAGCAAAUGUUGAACGCCAUGUUAAGAAAGGGUAAAGGUGAUGUUCCGGAAGAUGCUGUCGAAAGUAUGGUUAACAUUCAUAACUUCUUAAACGAGGGCGCUUGGGAAGAAAUUGAACAAUGGGAAGAGCCAUAUACUCAGCAAACACAUAUUCAGCCAAGAUUGUUGAAGUUCACUGGUAGACCGGAUGCAAUAUCUCCUAGGGCAAGAUACUACAAUUUUAUGUCUUACUUUUUCCCAGAUAAGUAUGGUUCAGAGUUGCCUUUUGACAGACACGACUGGACCGUCCUGAGAAGCGAUGGUGCUGGCAAUUGGAAAGAAGUCAGAUACGUUAUUGACUACUAUUCUGGAGGUGAAGAUCAAUUUGGUCUUCCUGCUUUCUAUUUGGAUGUUAGACCUGGAUUGGACAAUGUCGACAAUGCAGUUCAGAGAUUUAACCAUUGGAAAGAAAUCAUGAGGCCAACUUGGGAGAAGGCUAUGGGUCAUUCCCCUGAGGCUGGAAGUACACUGGUUUCUGCUGCGGAAAAGAAAUGAUCAAAACUUUGUUAUGUUUCAUCCUUUCUUCCAUUUAUCCCUUAUUAUGAAUUGCUUUUUCCUAUUUUAACAGUACUGAACGUAUUUCAUCCUACUUGGUGUUAAAUACACUCAUUCAACAUAUCAUUCUUCACAAAUUUAACGAACUCUUUUAUCAUAUAUAGCACCUUGUUUAUACUCGUAGUGACUAAUUUCAUAUCCACUACAUUAACGUUGAAAAACAAACUCGAAG